AUGCCGGGAUCUCUCGGGGUCUAUGCAGCCGAAUCCUUGGCAGCAGACUCUGCGCCUGAAGCAGCAUACACGGCCCUUGACGAGUAUGCCACCCAGUAUGCGUCUCGGUGGCGCACCCAACAUGGCUACGCGAAUGACACUGACUUCGCAUUUGCGUUCGCUAGCUAUGAGGAGGCACGCGCUACGGGAGGAACCCUGAUUGCAGAAGGGUGGGCAACCAUUCGAUCUGAGGCAUCAGGCUCUCUCUUUGGAGCAGUGGCGUCUGCCUUGGAUGCGCCGGUGGGUUCGAGCAACCUGGCAGCGCAGGUGGCACGGAGGCCGACUACCUUCCUCAAGAGAGUGGCGGCCAAGGGGCGAUUGUUUCGUAGCCGUGCUCAUCGAGAUCCCCCCCAGGCCCAAAGUCAGGUCAGUCUGGCGGAGGAGUUCGCUGAUGAGCUAGCAGAGGCACUGUAUCAAUUGGGGGCCAUGAAGCCGGCUGGGGAAAUCACGGCCCAGUUGGAGCAGGAGUGGCGUGCAGCUCUGAGGCGUCGGGCCACGGGGAAGAUCCUCGUCACAGAGCGGCCUACACUGAAGGGGGCACUUCUCACUUUCGGCGAACUCCAGGAGCAGUCGAUGUGGACGCCUUUCUCUUUUGGUGAGACCAAAGCACAGUCGCGGGCCUUGGCCGGCCUGAAGUGGCUAGCCAAAACGGGCACCUUGGGCCUCGAGUUGGGAGGUUACGACUUCCGCCAGAACCCCCAAAAAAAGCCCAAGCAGGCGGCGGUGCUGGUGCCAACAAUGGUACCUAUCCUGGAGCAAGCAGUGCAGGACAUGUAUCAGGCCAACAACCCUCUGUGGCGUGCUCUGGUGGGGCUUUGGUGCUGCAUGACGGGGUGUUUGCGGUUUGAACACUUGCGGCGGGCAUCCCCUAUGCGCCUCUCCAGAUCGACCUUCCACUUCCACUGCAGUCGAGGGAAGCAGCGCGGCAAUCGUGCAGGCUUCGACUUUGCGGUGCCGGCGGUCUUUUGCUCUGGAUGGCCUUGGGCCCGUCUCUGGUUGAAGAGUUGGCAAGCCCUGCCCCAAGGUGCACAGACCUACAGCGGGUUGCCAUUCGAUGCUGCAGGGGCACCCUUUACCACGGCCCAAGCCAUCAAGGUGGCGCAGGACAUCUUCACGCCACAUGUGGGAGCUGACGUUACCAGCUUAACGUCAUACUCGUUUCGGCGUGUAGGGCCGACAUACGCCAAUUUGGCCGGAUGGGCAGCUUCGGAUCAACUUGCACUAGGAGAUUGGCUAGACACAACCAAGCAGAAGGCCCAGGGAAUCACUAUGCCACUGCGUUACAGUGGAGCCAGGAAAACGACGAGUGUCCGUCGUAAGCACUGGCUGGCAGGCUCCAUCGGCGUGCUGACCUCCUUUGCGACAUGGGAUGAGAUUCCAGGUGCCGAGUUGGCCAAGGCGGAGUCGACCGGGGCGGCAGUGAUGGAAGUGGCUAUUCAGAGGGAUCUGCACACAGAAUGGCAGAGCCCUAUUCGCCUCCGGGAGACUAAGCCCCGCUUCAACGUGCCACGUACAUUGCCGUUGCCUGACAGAGUCGAGUACAUGAUGCCAAGGCAGAUCAACGGCAAGAGGGUGUCGGCUUCACUUCGUGAUGGAGCACGUCUUUGUGUCGAAUAUCAGAGGGGGAGGUGCAGCGGUCCUUCCCCUUGCCCGGCAGGCCAGCAUCGAUGCGCGAUCCUGGUUCAGUCAGGUCGCGUUUGUGGUGGUUCCCAUCCGGCCAAGGAAUGCAGGGAGAAGCGCGCGGUGCUUGCUCCUCCAUCGCCUGAGCGUGAGGGGACACGCCCCAAGGUGCCCGCGGUGGUCCUGCGGCCACGAGCAGGGGCACCUAAGGCUUCCAAGGAGGAGGCUGCGGCAUUGCCGCCUCAUCCUAAGAAGGGGCCGCAGCGGCGCGCGCUGGCGAGUGACGCCAGCGACCUUCCGCCACUGAAGCGGCAGCGGGUGGAAUCCCCAGCAGUUCCCGUGAGGCCACCGCCUGAAUCCCCGCGGCGGAUUCCUGCAGUGCCUGUGGGCCCGCCUCCGAGCAGACUCCUACGGCCGCGCACCCCUCCACCGCCGUCAUCUCCCAGUUCGACGAGACCUCGAGAGAAGCGCCCUGGGCAGUCAGGGGCUGACACCUGGCCUCGGAGGAGUGGGGCGAGCAAUCUGGAGGUGCACUUCGAUCGUCUGGCUACAGUGGGUGGCAAUUCGGCGCAGCGGCCUACGAAGAUCUGGGAAGGAGCGAAUGGUGGUAUCCUGUGGCUGGCAGGGCUGCCUACGGAGGACACAGCGUCUUCCUUUCCGCGCUGUGACAUUCAGCUCAAUUGGAUGCAGCAGGCGGUGGCAGCACGUGGUGGCGUGGCGUUGCCGGGUGCCCUGCAACUCCAGAUCAGCAUCACUGAUUCGACGUCUCGGGACGAUCAGUGGCGCGAAGCUUGGCCAGUCAUUCGCCAAACCCUCUUCACAGGAGGUAGUGUCCUGGGCCACUGCAUGGCUGGCCGCCAUCGAGCUGCCACUGGGCAGUCCCUCCUCUUGGCCUUGGUGGACAACAUCAGCUUCGAGGAAGCCCACGUGUCAGCCGUCUACGUGACGUCGAGAUCCACAAGGCAAUGGCCGGUGGCGAAGUGGGUCCGCUACACCCGAAAGAACAGCAUGUCGGGCAAGGUUUGGCCAUCCCCUCGAGCAUUCAUCUUCACGGACCGGUCCCAGAUUCACUUGGAAGUGGAGCAAGGAGUGCCUCUUUGCAAGCAUCGCCAAGGAUCCAUUGCUAGCCAAAGGCUCAAGGAUGUGACCGAGGUUGAGUCCGUGGAGGAAGCCCAGGGCUACGAUCGUCCCUUCUGCAAAGACUGCCUCCAGCGGGCAGCAGCGAAGUUCCACCCAAAGUGA